AUGAAACAUAGUACGAUUCUGCCCUGUGCGCCAACGAUCAUGACGGAUGGAACUAGGGGUCAAGGAGCUAAUCGCUUGGAAGAUAGUGUCCAUCAACUGAGGGAUAGUUCCGACAAGCAUGCUAUUGCUAUCUACAAACAAGCUGCGGAAAUCACCGAUUUGACUAAGCUUGUGACUGCUAUGAAUCUCAAAUACGAUUAG